GUUCAAAAUGCAUCAAUCAUACGAAAUACAUUCCAUACUAAAGCAAGGGGUUCAUAUUGAGUCAAUAGCAGCCUAUGAUAACAAUGUUAUCCUGGGAACACGCAGUGGCCAACUUAUUAUGUACUCAGUGGAUGAAAAUGGAGCCGUGGAUAUGUUAAUGUUCAAUAAGAAUUUCAGCAAAAAGCCCAUUGUCCAAAUGGAGGUAAUUGAGGCGGAGAGUUUGCUGUUUGUUUUAACCGAUGCCAUGAUUCAUGUCUGUGAUAUCAGUCACAUGGAGAAAAAUUUCAGUUUUAUUCACAGUUCGGAACUUACCAAAGGAUGUAGUCUGUUUACGAUGGAUGUCAAGACAACCAAAUCUACAACAGGCAAAACUGUCAAUGUCCUUAGAAUUUGUUGUGCCAUUAAAAGACGUCUACAAUUUUUCUAUUGGAAGCCAUAUGUUUUGGAGUCACCCAAUUUCAGCAUUGAACUGAAAGAUGUACCAAAGGCAUUGUGUUGGGUGGAUGAUUUGAUAUGUGUUGGCUACAAAGAUGAAUAUGUUAUAUUCAAUAUUAAAUAUAAUAAAACUGAGAAACAUGAUUUAAUUGUAACAUCAUCAUCACACAAUAUGGAUCCUUGCAUUUGUCUGUUGAAAAACAUAAUUGGGUUUUCAAAAGAUGAAUAUCUGGUAACCGUAGAUCCAAGUGUAUAUUUGGCACGGAAAGACGAUAAAGCAAAAGCCCAAGUUGCAAUUGAUUCCCCCAAUACGAAUAAUGGGAAAAAUCCUUUGAAACCCAUAAUGUGGUCAGGUCCACUUUUAGCUCUGGUAUGGGAUGAACCAUUUGUUGUGGGUCGUGUAUCCAAUGGCAUUGAGAUACGUUGUUUAGAAGCAAAUGGUAUUAACAAGGAUACUCUGGUACAGUCCAUACCCGAGUUAAGCAAAACCAAACAUUUAGUGCGAUCAGCUCGUGGCACCAUUUUUGCUGCAGCGAUUUCUGAAUUAUGGUGUAUUCGCAUGGUGGAUAUAUCCGUACAGAGGCAACAAUUACUGCAACAAAAGAAAUUCCAAUUGGCCAUCGAAUUGACAAACAUAUCCGAUGAACCAGAAUUAGCCAAAGCUGAAACUAUACGUCAAAUUCACAUGCGCUACGCCAAAGAAUUGUUUGCCUUGAAACAAUUUUCAGCAGCCAUGAAUGAGUUUGAAAAGGCCCAAGCAAAUCCAUAUGAUGUUAUACGUCUCUUUCCAAAUCUUUUGCAAGAUAAGGCGUCCAGUGAUAGUUACGAUGCUACAGUGCCGCAAGUAAGCAAUAUGCCUCAAUUGGAAGAUAAGGAUUUGGAGAAUGCAUUGCUGGCAUUAAUUGAAUUCUUGGCCUUGGCCAGACAGAAAGAGGUAGUCAAGCUUCGUGAUACCAAAAAUGCCUCAAAAUCGUUGCUGUCGAUUAUUGAUACCACACUACUAAAAUGCUAUUUACAAACCAAUGAUUCCUUAAUAGCUCCUCUAUUGCGUUUAAAUCAAUGCCAUUUAGAGGAAUCGGAAAAGACUCUCUUGAAGCAUGACAAAAUCUCAGAACUAAUUAUACUUUACCAAACCAAUGGACAGCAUAAGAAAGCUUUGGAAUUACUAAAAUCACAGGCCACAAAGGAAGGUUCCAAUUUAUUUGGCUAUGAGAGAACCAUACGUUAUCUACAACAAUUAGGCUCAUCUCACAUGCCCUUGAUAUUGGAGUUUUCCGAUUGGGUUCUUAAAGCAGAUCCCAAAAAAGGCUUACGAAUAUUUACAGAUGAUUUUAUAGAAGUGGAAAAUCUACCACGGGCCACAGUGCUUGAUUUUUUACUAAGCCACCAUAAAAAGUUGGUUAUACCCUAUUUGGAGCAUGUGAUUAAUGUUUGGAAAGACCAUAAUACAUUAUUACACAAUGUUUUAAUUAAACAGUAUCGGGAAAAAGUUCAAAAUCUAAUGAAGGAUUUAGAGAAGGAAGAUUUGGCCACGAAAAAAUUAGAAGAUGAAUUGAAAGAAUAUCGUGGCAAAUUAUACAAUAUCUUGGAGAACUCAACUAACUAUUCACCGGAUGUUGUUUUGAAAGAUUUCCCAACCAAUAUAAUGUUGGAAGAAAGGGCAUUGAUUUUGGAACGCCUUAAGAAACAUGAAAAAGUCUUGGCAAUUUACAUACAAAUUUUGGGAAAUGUUGACAAGGCUGCCAAAUAUUGUGAAAGGAAUUAUGAUGAUGAGCCGGAUAUAUUCUUUAUGCUACUAAAAACAAUACUCAGUCCAAUGAAAGAACCACCAUAUGAAGGUGCUGCAUUACACGAAGACUUUAAAAAACCAAAUGAAGAUAUUGCUGUGAAGCUAUUGAAUAAAUAUGCUACCAAAAUUGAUCCUAGCAAAAUAUGGCCGUUCUUACCAGAUGAAAUGCCUGUUCACAGAAUGCUAAAUUAUUUGGACACGGUUAUACGUACUAAAGCAGCCCAUGAACACCAUAUGGAAAUGAAGAAAGGUCUGCUGCAGGCUGAAAUACGACGUUGCACCGACUUGGUGCGAGAACAACAGAAUAUAAGUUUUGAAAUUAACGAGUUUACAACAUGCCCGGAAUGUAAGAAACGUUUCGCUAACCAAAGUGCUUUUGUACGUUAUCCAAAUGGAGAAAUUGUCCAUUUGUCGUGUCACGAUAAACGUACGAUGGCGGCAAAUCUUUUUGGGAAUUAAAAAUAUCUAUUAAACUCUGUGUUAUAUAUUUUU